AUGCCUGACGAGCCGGGAACAGCACCUUUAGGCAGCAACCCAAACGUGGACAAUCGCGCAGAGGACGCACCGCAAUGUCGGAUAUGCCUGGACGGAGAGGACCCCGAGCUCGGAAGGCUUAUUCGUCCGUGUCUUUGCAAGGGUUCCGUCAGCUGCGGAUAUCACUAUCGCUUUGCUCGGACGCAAGUCAUGGGCAUGGCUAGCAAUCCUAGUACGUCUAAGGCUGGUGCAUGCUCUCCUUUGGCUCACGUCUACGCAGUCGUCGUCGGGGCACUCUCUUGCAUCGCCUUCACCCUUCUGCUGUUCCUAUCAUCCUUCGUCACGACGUACCUGAUCUCGGGGACAGGCGAAGACUCUUACUUUUACCCUACACCAAAGGGUCCACCUACCCUGCUGGGGAAGUUCGUCAAACGACUGUUACUGGGCCUACCCACUGUUGGGGCAGGCUCCUUGCUCAACAUGCUAUGGUCAUUGCCAUUCCCCAUCACACAUUGGCUCAGAGUCAGGCUUCGACGGUCAGGCCGGAAUUCGUCUGACAUCAUGACUCUCAUCCUCCUUACUGCCGUUGUCAUAGGCGCAGCUCGCGCGCUAUGGAAAGUAUACCACCUCACUGAGAGGACGGUGAAACGACUCUUGCUUCGCGCGGAAGAUGCCAUUCUGGAGGUUUCAUAA